AUGACUACUGAGAUUACUGAUACAAUAAAAUUAUGUGAAGAAUUAAAGUCAAUGACUAAUGAAAUGAUUAAUCAACUUAAUAUUGUAAAACGACAAGUUGGAACUGACGAAUUUCAAAAUGGGAAAGAUAAUUUAAUUUUAAAAAUAGGAGAAAUAGGUAACUUUGUUACAAUGACAAAUAAAAGUGAUUAUACCAAUCCAGAAAUUGAAGGGUUACAAUCUAUAAUAAUAUUAACUCAUUUAUUGUAUGAAGUAACUAAAACUUGGAGUACAGAAAAUAAUGUUGAAGAUGAAUUAAAUCUUAAAAUAUCAUAUUUACAACAACAAACAAAAAAACUUAAUCAAAUUGCCAUUACCGAAGCUCCGAAAAAGAAAGUAGAUAUAUUAAAUGAAGUGGCAAAACAAAUUGAUCUUGGUGUAGGAAAGAAUAUUACAAAAGAAUUAGAAAAGAAAGGAAUAAAGGAUGUAACAAUUGAUAUUUCUAUUGCUGAAGCACGAAUCAAAUUAGUUGAAUCUCGAAAGAAACAAGAAGAAGCAUUAAAAGCAAUAGAAAAGAUUUAUUCAAUUUUAGAACCAGUAAAAGAACAUUGGACGAAAGAAGAUUUUAUUAAAGCAUGUUUUGGUAAUGUUGAACAAAAGAAUUAA